AUGGCGUCCUUCAUUGACACCGCGUUUACGCCACCCUGGCUGUAUGGAACCGUAGCUGCUUUCGUGCUCGUCGCGGGCACGCUUUUCGUGGCCAUGAAGUUCGUGGGCCGCUUCCUUGCAGACCGGCAGCUGGCGAGAGUGCAUCCGCCAAAUGCUCGUAGGCUUUCCACGGAAGAUUUCGAGGCGCUGUGCUGCCGAACUGGCCUGACACGCGCAGAAAUCUCCCGUCUGUAUGUGUCGUUUAUGAAGAUCACCGACGGCAAGUCGCACGAAGAUGCCGACAAGGUCAUCGAGGAGCUGCCCUACUUCGAGGGCCCCUUGCAGGAUCGAAUGAGAGCUGCUCUGAAACUACCAGAGAAGGUCGACUUUGUAAUCCUUGCCACGGCGCUCAGUGUUUUUAGUGAGCGCGCAGCGCUUGACGACAAGAUGCGCUUCCUGUUCCGCAUGUACAGCUCCGACUUGGGAAGUGUCAGCAAGCAGGAUCUUACAAACCUCAUGGAUGACGUUCUGCCAGAGUUCCCCGACGAUGACGAGAGAAACAGGCUGAUCGACCGCGCGGUCCAGGGCACCUUCGAAGAGCUUUGUGGCAGCAACGAGAACCAGGAGCUUGGCAUGGAGCAGUUUCAGAUGGCUGCUACACCACUCAUCGGUGAGCGAUGCACCAUCUUCUUCUGA